GAUUAACAAUCCAGACAUGAGGGUACAGAUCCUAAAGGAUUUUGUGAAGCAGCAUUUCCCAGCCACACCUCUCCUCGACUAUGCGCUAGAAGUGGAGAAGAUUACUACCUCCAAGAAACCAAAUCUUAUCCUGAAUGUUGACGGUUUUAUUGGUGUUGCCAUGGUUGACUUGCUAAGAAACUGUGGUGCAUUUACAAGGGAGGAAGCUGAUGAGUAUGUGGAGAUUGGUGCCCUGAAUGGAAUCUUUGUGCUUGGACGAAGUAUGGGCUUUAUUGGUAAGUUCAUUAUUAGUUUCCUUUUAGAUGAUCCUUUUAGAAGGCAUAAGAUAGCUGGAGUUACAUUUGCUAUGCUCCCUCCCCACUAUUAUCUUGGAUUUAGACUGCUCGAGCGAAGUAAGGAAGCACUUGUGUACAAAGGAUUGUGGAAAUCUAGACUGUGUUCUGGGUUCAUUUAAAUUUUCAAGACUGAACUGGAUAGAUUAGAAGAGAAUCUGAAGGAAUAUGGAGCCAAAUUAGAUAGUAAAUAGCUGAUUCUGACUCGGUUUACCUACUUUAGUUCCAGAGCCCUUGCAAAAACUGCCCCAUCUCGGUCCCAAAUUUUUAAUUAAUUUGAAAUUCAUAGAUUUAGCAGAGUUCCUGUUUUGACCAGGAAGUGCUUCCUUAAUUCAUGUUCUUAGACCUCCGCUUCCUAUGCACUUGGGAAUAGGAAGUUUGUCGGUUGCCCCUGUGAGCCCUGGUGUCAUUCUGGGGAAUCUGUGUACCCCUCCACAAGGUCCAAGACUAAAUGCACCCACUCCAGAAAAUUUAAGAUUUUCUACAAUGAAAGCAUUGUAAUCAUCAUGAGUUUAACAACCAAUAUUUGUGAUUAUUUUGGAGUAGUGAAAUCCAGCUUUCUUCUGUAAACCCAUCAAUCCCUUUGUUCUUGCACUGCUCUUCUGUUUCCUUUGGAGAAACUAUUCUGAUUUAUUGUCUUUGGGUCCAAUGUACUGACGUCUCACUUUCCCAUGGUUAGCUGCAUCUGUCCGAUAUUUGUCCAUCUUGGAGAAUCUAUUGGCAUUCUUUGAUAACUUUGCAUACCUUUUUACAUAACUUUUGCAAGAUGUUG